AUGUAUGUUCACAGAUGUCGUUUCGUUGAUUUUAUGCCUGCAGCUAUUAAUGCUUUGGCUUUUACGCCUCCGACAACCCAACCACUUCUUGCUUGUGGUCGAGCAAAUGGGAAUAUUGAAAUAUGGAAUCCUCAAACUCAAUGGAAUUUAGAAAAGACAAUACCCGGUGAAAAAAAUACGUCUGUUGAAGCUCUUACCUGGGUACAUCAAACGAACUUAUCUGAUACGGAAUCCAAACCUCCGAGAUUAUUUUCUGGAAGUUCUAAUGGGAUGAUAAUUGAAUGGGAUACGACCACAUUAAGACAAAAGAAAUCAAACGAUUCAUACGGAGGUGCAAUUUGGUGCCUAAAAAAUAAUUAUGCAAAUACUUUAUUGGUCGUUGGUUGUGAAGAUGGCAGUUUAUGUACUUUUGAUAUCGAGGAUGAAGAAUUAGUUUUAAUACAUAAAUUUGUGAGAAAUAAUUCCAAAAUUAUGUCUUUGGCAUGGGAUCAUGAAGACGAAUAUAUAUUUGCUGGUUCUUCGGAUGGUAACAUUGUUCAAUGGGAUAUGCGUAGUAAACGCAUAAUUCAAAGAAUGACAGUAGACGUUUUAAAAGGCCAAGAUACGAUUGUUUGGGCGAUAAAUGUACUUCAUGGCGAUUCACUCGGUCAUAUUUGUUUUUGGGAUCGAAAGACUGGUACUGUUGUACAAAAAUUCAAAGCUCAUGAUGCAGAUGUUCUUUGUUUAGUGACCAAUCGCGAAGGAAGUUUAGUUGUUUCUUCCGGGGUUGAUCGAAAAUGCAAUUUAUUUCGUAUUGUUGAUCAAAAAGCAAUGGGUACAGAUACAUCGAAAGAAAAUAAUAAUAAAUCAGAUUCUACCCAAAGGGAUUGGAUAUUGGUUGGUUUUCGUCGGUCUCACCUACAUGAUGUGAGAUCAAUCGCGUUACUUGAAGAUCAAUUUUUUGUUUCUGGAGGUGUAGAUACUGAAAUGAAUGUUUAUUCAUAUAACAAGUUUCUUAGAGGAGAUAUUAAAAAAUUACCAUAUAUACCUCAAAAACCUUUGAUUUGUAUAUCAAAAUCAAAGCGACUAUUAAUGUAUCGAAAUGAUAAUCAAAUAAAGUUGUGGGAAUUGGGUGAAGCUAUUUUACCGGAUUCGUGGAAGCUUGAACAAAUUCCACGUUUAGAUUUGGUCAAGCCACAAAAGGCUAUUUUGGAAAUGUCCUUGAAGGAAAGUCAUUAUCUAACUGCAAGUGCUAUUUCAGAAGAUGGUGAAUGGAUUGCUGUGGCUAAUACAAGAAUAGUAAAAGUUUUUAAAAUACAAGAACAUGUAUCACAUCAAUUGUUAUUUACUCCUGAUGGGACAAAACUUUUAAUAGUUUAUGUUGAUUCAAUUGUAGCAGUUGCUGAUCUCAAGAAUUGGCAACGCAAUGAAAUAAUUUUUCUAAAAAAAUUUAAUCAACAUGCUUGUCCGACAGAUGACGAUCCAAUAGCGACAGUCAUCUCAAUUGCCGUUAGUGGUGAUGGUAAAUUGUUGGCUACAGGAGAUCUUUGUAAUAGGAUCAAUAUAUAUGAUUUAGAAAAUCUUGAGUAUUAUACAUCUCUCCCUAAAUAUGGUUCAACUCAUACAACUUUAAGUUUUCAUUUAUCUCUUCCUAUUCUUGUUGUCACUUUAGCUUCUAAUGAAUUUUUCAUCUUUGACGUAAAAUUAAAGAAGUUAACAGAUUGGUCACAAAAAUAUUCUCAAAACCUACCAAAAGAAUUUUUAAAAUUAGAAAAUAAGAUUAUCGGUUGUUCAUUUAAUCCUGAAAAAAAUGCAAUAAUACUUUGGGCAGAUAAUUAUUUAUGUUUAAUAGAUUUUGAUAAAUGUAAUGAAGAAAGACCGUUAUGUUUCGAACAAUGUAACGGAUGGCAAAAGAAAUCACCAAUUCAACAAAAAAAAGGAAAGAAAUUAUUGAAUGAACAUAAUAUUAAUUUUCAACUUGUUCAAAGAUAUCAACCUUUAAUGUUUGUUGAUUUUAUUAGUUCUAAUACUUUAGUAAUUGUUGAGAGACCAUUUACUUCGAUUUUAGAAAAUCUUCCACCUUCAUUCUAUAAAGCACAAUAUGGUACUUAA